UUCAUCUCAUCCACUUUAAAUAUGUACUUUAAUCUUUUAUUACUCCUUUUCAUCCCCUUAAUUGAUUCAUUCGUUCAUCACAAAUCCGUAAGAAGAGAUUUAGAGAAACACCACAAAUUAAAUAACAAUUUUUUCACCCCAACAACUCAUAAAAUCCACGUUUUCACCGACCAUAUUUGUGCGGAAACCAACGCAAUUUGCGUACAUCCGGUUCAAUGUCCUGCUCAUUUUCGCCUUGGAAAUUUAAAAAAAUGUACCUUAAAAGGUGGAACUCGUGGUUUGUGUUGUUCCAGCGGUCAAAAUCAUACCGUUCAUUCAAUUAAGAGAAAUCGAGAGUCGUUCGUAAAGGUAUCCAAAGAGAUUUUUAAGGAUAUCCACAGAUCGAGUCGAUAUGGAAUGGAAAAAUUGCGUGGUAAAAAUGUUGAAUUAUUAAGCUUGAAGGAACCACCGAAAAUAAUGGAAGGAACUCCAUCUUUCGGUCAUUUUAGAAGUAAAAGGGUUUAUGAUAAAGAUGAUGUUUUGAUGGUUAUGGAAGUUGCUGAUAAAGCUAUGGAAGUUGUUUUGGCCACAAAAGCUUUAAAAGAACGACAAUCGAUUUUAGUUGAUGAUUUCGAAUGGAACAUCAUUGGAGAUAAUUUACACGAAACUCCAUUACGUUCUUCUUGCAUCCCUCAACCAAAAUGUCCACCAAUUUUAUCACCAUACAGAAGAUUUGAUGGCUCUUGUAACACACAUCAUAACCCAUCUUGGGGAAGUUCCUUAUCACCAUUCUCAAGAUUACUUCCUCCUAAAUACCACGAUGGAAUUUGGUCACCAAGAAGAUCCAUCCUCAAUCAACCGUUACCAAGCCCGAGAUUAAUCAGUUCAACCAUUUUUGAAGACACCCCUAAUCCUGAUCAUGACCACACCUUAAUGGUUAUGCAAUUUGGGCAAUUCUUAUCGCAUGAUAUUACUCAUUCUUUAGAUUUUACUUUUCCAAAUGGAAGUGGAAUUUCUUGUUGUGGUGAAAAAGACGAAUAUAUUUUACCGGAAAUUUAUCAACACCAUGCGUGUCUUCCAAUCGAAGUCCCACACGACGACGAAUUCUACUCAAGAUUUAACGUGAAAUGCAUCAAUUUCGUCCGAUCGAUGUUAUCGCCUCGAACUGAUUGUUCUUUAGGUUACACACAACAAAUGAACAAAGUAACCCAUUUCAUAGACGCCUCAACGGUUUACGGUUCAAGCGGAGAUCAAGCUUUAAAAUUACGAACUUUCGAAGGUGGCCGAUUAAAAUCAUUCGAAGAUUUCGGAAGAAAUCUCCUCCCAUUAAGUCGGCAUGAAGAAGCUUGUUUAACCAUGGAGAAAGGAUCGGCUUGUUUUGAAUCGGGGGAUUCAAGAACGAAUCAAAUGAUCACUUUAGUUGCUGUACAUACUCUUUUUAUGAGAGAACAUAAUAGAAUUGCUGGGAUUUUAGAGGAGAUUAAUGAAAAUUGGACGGAUGAGCGCAUAUUUUUGGAAACACGACGCAUUUUAAUCGCUCAAUUACAAGUUAUCGUGUAUAAAGAGUUUUUACCGAGUGUUUUAGGUGAAAUCGCCAUGGAAGAGUUUGGGUUAAAUCUUGAAGAUGAUGGGUUUUAUUCUGAUGAUUAUGAUGAAGGGGUUGAGCCGUCGAUUACGAAUGAAUUUGCUGCUGCUGCUUAUCGGUUUGGGCAUUCAAUUGUUGGGGGAACUUUAAGUUUAUAUAGUAAAAUUAAGAUGGAGGAAGUUGUUAGUAUCCCAGAAGUGAUGUUUUAUCCGGCUAGGAUGAGAAAGUAUGAAUUUUUAGAUGAGAUACUUUCCUCACUUACAACUGAACCGAUUGAAAAAGCUGAUGGUUUUUUGUCUGAUGCUUUAACAAAGUAUAUGUUUAAGGCUGGAAAUCCUUUCGGGGUUGAUUUAGCUUCCCUUAAUAUUCAAAGAGGUCGAGAUCAUGGAUUGAGGCCUUAUAAUGAUUAUAGGAUUUUAGUUGGGUUAGAACCAAUUAAGAGUUUUAUUGAAUUUGGUUCAGAAUUGGGUGAAAAAUUAUCAAAGGUUUAUGCAUCUCCAGAUGAUAUAGAUCUUUGGGUUGGUGGUCUAUUGGAAGGAAAGGUGCCGGGAAGUAUCUUAGGUUUAACAUUUAGGGAUAUAAUAGCAGACCAAUUCUCCAGGUUGAAAAAAGGAGAUCGAUAUUUUUUUGAAAAUAAUCCUAAAGUUAAUCCAGGGCACUUUAAUUUAGAUCAAUUGAGAGAACUGAAACAAGCUUCAAUGUCGAGGAUUAUUUGUGAUAAUAGUGAUCGAGUUUAUCUUACCAAACAAGCAUUAAAUGCUUUUAAAAAACCCGGCGUAAUCGGGAAUGAAUUUAAGGAAUGCGAUUCAAAUGAAAUUCCGCGUGUUAAUUUAAUGUUUUGGAAAGAAUUUUAAUAUU